AUGGCUUCUGUGAAUUCAACACACCUUAGUGUUGCAGAUUAUUUAGAACAUAAGGCAGCAGAAUGGAUAUGGAUCGUUGUUUCGCCUAUUUUAAUGAUUGUUGGUACUAUUGGAAACUUGAUGUCUAUUUUGGUUUUAACCAGAUCUAACAUGAGGAAGUCGAGGGUAUCUAUAUAUUUAACAGUACUGUCCUCGUGUGAUAUUCUAGUGUUAUAUACAGGCCUUCUAAGACAAGUUAUAAUGUACCAUACCAAUUUUGAUGUACGCACCUUAAGUGAUUUAUCAUGUAAAAUUAAUACCUGGAUGGUAUAUUUUACCCUGGACUUUUCAGUUUGGAUAUUGGUAGCUGUUACUGUUGAACGCAUUGUAUCAGUCUGGUUUCCGCACCACGUUCGUCACACCUGUACUGUUAAAUCAUCUACUGUUACAUUGGUAAUUAUUGCUAUGGUACUUUUAGCAAUCAAUUCUCACUUU